GCGCGACAGUGGGCAUCGGCAAUACUGAAUGUGCCACGACUCGCAGAGGUCUCCUAGCAACCCUCUGUAGGAAUUCUGCCUGGCUCGACUGGAAAACUGGAGGCGAGGCCCCCAGGUUGAUGACUUUGCCUUGGGAGUCGGUGGGAAGGUAAAACCAAAGACGAACAUGGGUCAGAAGGUCACUGGCGGGAUUAAGACUGUGGACAUGAGGGAUCCCACAUACCGGCCCCUGAAGCAGGAGCUCCAGGGUCUGGAUUACUGCAAGCCCACUCGGCUGGACCUACUGCUAGACAUGCCCCCCGUGUCCUACGAUGUCCAGCUGCUCCACUCAUGGAACAACAACGACCGCUCACUCAACGUCUUCGUGAAGGAGGAUGACAAGCUGAUCUUUCACCGGCAUCCGGUGGCCCAGAGCACAGACGCUAUCAGGGGAAAAGUCGGGUACACACGUGGGCUGCACGUGUGGCAGAUCACGUGGGCCAUGAGGCAGCGGGGCACACAUGCCGUGGUGGGGGUGGCGACAGCAGAUGCCCCCCUGCACUCCGUUGGGUACACAACCCUUGUAGGGAAUAACCACGAGUCCUGGGGCUGGGACUUGGGGCGUAACCGACUCUACCAUGACGGUAAAAACCAGCCAAGCAAGACGUACCCCGCUUUCCUGGAGCCAGACGAGACAUUCAUCGUCCCCGACUCCUUCCUGGUGGCUCUAGACAUGGAUGAUGGGACCCUGAGCUUCAUUGUGGAUGGACAAUACAUGGGAGUGGCUUUUCGGGGACUCAAAGGCAAAAAACUGUAUCCGGUAGUGAGUGCCGUCUGGGGCCACUGUGAGAUCCGCAUGCGCUACUUGAACGGACUCGAUCCCGAGCCGCUGCCGCUCAUGGAUCUCUGUCGGCGCUCCGUGCGCCUGGCCCUGGGGAAGGAGCGACUGGGUGAGAUCCAGGCACUGCCGCUGCCUGCCUCCCUCAAGGCCUACCUCCUCUACCAGUGAUGCUCCGCUCAGGACCACCAGCACGACAGCCACCUGGUGCCAACUCACUAAGCCGCCUGCUGCCGCCGGGGCCACCGCACCCUGCACCUGGGACCAGGGUUCGCAGCCAUGGGCAGAAGCCCUGCCCCUCCUUUUCAUCCUCCUGCUGCCUCGGCCGGACACGGACAGACGCCGCAGGGGCUCCUCUUCCCCCUUCCCGAUGCUGGCAGAAGGCAGUGUCCCUGCAUGCCACCUUCCAGCCUCUCCUUGAGAAAUGAAGGAGAAGAAACUCACACUAAUGCCCUACACUGAGCUCCAUCUGCUCUCGGGUGGGGCCGAUGCACCCACACCUUCGGGAGAAGGCUGCAGCGGCCUGGGGGUCCCAGGGUGGAGGGCAGCGGGAAGGGCCACACUCCGAGAGCAGAUACCAGGAGCACUGAGCGGUGCUUACAUAAGGGCAGGUGUCCAGCCACAGUGCCCAGCUGGGCCCUGCUGCAGCUCAUGAAGCUCAGGACGUCAAAAACUAGCCCUGGACACCAAGGCAGAACCCAAUGGACCUUCCAUAGGCAAAGAAGCACCCAGCGCUGAUCCCAGCUGCCGGUGCCCCCUGUACCCUGUAUUUAUUCUUUUAACAAUAACAAAGCCAUUUAUUUAUUCCAUUUAGAAAGGAAGCCUUGUUUCGGUCACCUCUCUCCGGCGCGUUCUGUUGCUUUUCUUCCACCUGCCCCUCCCUGGUAUGUGUGUGCCUCACCUGGCCUUGUCCCUGGGCCAAGCCCUUAGCACGUGUGCAUGUGUGCACAGGUCCAAGGGCGGCAGCGUUUGGGUCCCCUAGCCCGCCGUGUCCAGGGGGCUCUGCUGCAAGUUGCCGGCGGGCCCUCAGGGAGAGUGCGUGUCAUGUGCAAUAUGCGUGUCUUCGCGAGCCGGUCUAGAGGCCGUGGCGCUGCCCUGGGUCUGCAGGUAGCCAUUUACCUCUCGGCUCAUACGUCUUUGCACAUGGUUGGAUUUCUUUAGUCUUUUGUGGGGUUUUUAGUGUGGUUUUUGAUUUUAUUUUCCUAGCUGAGACUUCCCAAGUGCAUUCUGGGGAUACCAGAGGACCAACAGAAUUAGGAAGGGGUGGUAAGUGGGUCUCCAUCCCUAAAGCCAGGAGCAGGGUAGAACUGGGGAGACCAGGAGCAGCGUGGGGCCUCUGGGAAGCCAGCACAGGUCUCUGCUCAGCAGUCCUGCCUGAGUUCUGGGCCCAGGUGGAGCAGCCCCAGUACGCCCCGACCCCCCUCAGAGCCUCAAGAUGGGUGGCGAGGGGCAGUCGGCAAGCAAAGGAGGUCCCCUCUCCUUUGUCACUGUCAUGACCUCUCCAGAAACUCCCCACGUGGCAGACCCCAACCCCUGCCACUGCCUUUGCCAUUUCUUUUAUCCUGAGGUCAGCUCUCAGAGUGUGGCUUCAGUUCAUUUCUGCACAGGUACAAUAGAUGACUCUAUUUGUUUAAAAUGUUUAAUAUAUAUAUACACACACAUAUAUAUAUUUGUCUGUAAGAAUUAUGUUUGAAACAGCUGCUGUAGUGUACCUUUUUAAAAAGAAACAACUUCCAGUGGAGUAUAUUUUUUAAAGCACAGAAUUGGUGCCAAGACUGGGUGAGGAAUGUAAAUUACCCCCUUAUUAUUUUGAGGGUUUUUGCUUUGGGGAGCAGAGGACCUUACCUGUAAGACUUUUGAAGAUUUCUCCUCAUAGCUGUUGCUGCAGGAUGGGUCCUGUCCUGAGGAAUGUUGCACGUGAGAGUUUCACAUGUACAGAUCCCAGCUUGUCCCCUUGACCCGCCGUCCCCCGGGGGUGCUGGAUGGACCACCAGGCUCUCUGCAUCGUCCACUCCUCAACUCCCUGGGACCCCACUCCUUUUCCCCAUCAGCUCAGAGCCUCGUGGCUUGUACAGUUUUGAAACUCCCGUUCUCUUUUAUGAUGGUCGAUAAUAGUCAGUAACCUAAUAAAGGAAAGUUUGUUCAAAUCUCAAA